AUGGCCAAAGCUGUGAAUACGGUAUCGCAAGUCCUGUACCGGUCCGACAUCCAUGAGUACAAGCAGGGUGGUGUAAGCGACGUCGCCAUCUUUGACCGGAUCUGGUUUAUCAUCACUCGGCAAUCAGUACAAGACAAGUUUAUAAGCCCAAUAGUAGACGACAUCUUACCAAGCGAGGAUGCAGCCACAGACUUCCAGCAAGUUCAAUUACAAAAUGAUUAUCACACUAGCUUACUUCAAGCGCUGGUAGUGCUCCGUAAGACUAUCAUAGAGGAGAAAGAUGUUUGGGAUAAGAGCCAUGACAGCGCUGUGAGAAAGCACGAUCGUGGGCAGGAUGUCAUCGGCGAAGCGAAGAGGAGCAAGCGUUGA